AUGACGGACAUAUUAUGCAGGUGGCUGAACGAGGAACUGCGAUUAUCUCAAGUUGUUGAGCCAAAAACCUUCGCUAAGGCAUUCUCCACUGGCUAUCUAUUUGGUGAAAUCCUACAUAAAUAUCAACUGCAAAGUGAUUUUCAUAUGUUCAUGAAAAAAGAGAGAUCAAUAUCAACAUUGAACAACUUCACUCGCCUUGAACCGUCUCUCCAUGUGCUGGGAAUAUCAUUCAGUACAACCACUGCCCGAGAACUGAUGCAGGAGAAACAAGGGGUGGCUAUACACCUUGUUCAACAGCUUUAUAUUUCUCUGCAAAGGAAGAAGAAAGCAGACAUUAGUGGAGCAGAGCUGAAACCUGUGCAAGCUGCUGCUGCCACCGGUCUGCGCAAAAAAGAUCAUGACAUCCACCAUGACGAGAACCUUCAAAAAAGCCCAAAACUUUAUGAGGAUAAAUUCCAUCACAUGGGCAGAUCUGUUCAGCAAAAGAAAGCAUUAAUAAGGGAAGAGGAGAAGUCAAAGAGGAAUUCUGACUUGAUUUCCAUUGUUCAAGCACCAAAACCACCUCCACAUUUGCCACUUAAUCGUGAGAAGCAACAGCAACGGCAAAAGAAGCUAGCACAGGAUGUCCAGAAUGAAAUUGCUCAAUUUGAAAAUAACAGAGGAAAGCUGACUUCUUUUUUAAGACAUUCAGAUGAAUGUGGUCCAUUUACCAAGGGACCAAGAGUUGUGUCUAAACCGGUGCCAAACAGUGUGUACAUAGAGCAGAUUCGACAGAGAUUAAAAGAAGCCACACAUGAUCACGAGCAAAGGGACAAAAGGGUUGACAGAUUUCUUGUUGAGCAAGAAAAAGCACGUGAAGCUGAGCAGUAUGCAAAACAUGAAGAGUAUCUGCUGAAGCGGUUCACACGUCAAACAAAGCAGGAGCAGCGUCUCGCAGCACAACUCCACCAGAUCAGAAAGCAGAAAGACGUCAUCACCAAUAAUCGUUUGUUCAGAGAGGAGCAGAUCCUGCAGAGGAGAGAGAAGGACUCCCAAGAAGCAGUGAAGAGGGAGGCGGUAUUAGCUGAACAGGAAAAGAUGGCCCGUGCAGAGGAGAUCAGAGGGGACCUUGACUUUUGUAAAAGGCUUGCUGCUGAUCGAGCUCAGAUCAUGCACGAGAAGCAUUCAGAGAGCUGCAAGGAAAUAGUGGAACAGAUAGUGGAUUUGGCUACGAAGGUUGGAGAGUACCGACUCCUUUAUGGGAAUUCAGUCCCGGGGAAACAAAUAAAAGAAUGGAAGGAAGUGCUGUUCAGUGGCCUGCCUCUGUAUGGGCCUUCAGAUGUGGGGGAGUGCUCCGACGACACAGACCCUGUAGAGCUUCAGAAGCAGGACAUACUCAACAACCUGGACUAUGAUGAAUACAUUAACAUGACAGAUGGAUGGGCGUGGCCUAAAGAAGCAGGGGGCACCAAGUCCCCUCUGACCAACAACCACAUUCUUGGACAUGUGGUCGCACGACUUAGGAACCUGGUCCAUCCACCAUGUGAAAAACCAACUGAAUCCCUAUUCCCAUACUUUAGCCUCAAGGCCUGUGUUCUGGGCAAGUUGUGCUCUGGAAAGACCUCUUGUCUGGCCAAGAUUGCUCAGGCCCAUGGCGUCCAUGUACUAUCAGUUCAAAAACUGAUUGACGAGGCAUUAACUGCAUAUAAAACUAGAGAGACGGCCACAGAGCAGGAGCUGUCAGACAGUGAGAAAGAGCCCACAGGAGACAUUGAGGAAUUGCCACACGACACAGGCAGAAUCAAGCUUUUCACAAAGACUUUGUAUGGACAAGAAGCAGAAAAAGCAAUGAUGGAAGGAAACAGUUUGCCCUUUGAGUUGCUGGUAAAGAUUGUAAUAGGAGCCAUACAAAAUAUUCCAGCCAAUUCAGGUUGGAUUUUGGACGGCUUUCCUUUAAACAUUGAACAGGCGCAUUUGCUAGAGAAGGCCCUCGGUGGGAGUGUCGAGGAGGAGCAGUACGUUGUUACAGACAGUCAGAUGAACCUCGCUGUAGAUCCAGACCCACCUAAACCCCCCCCACCACGACCUCCAGCUCUAGACCUGGCUCUGCUCCUAGAUGUCUCAGAUGAAAGCGCCGUCAGCUAUGAAGUAAACCUAGCACAUGCAGCUUCUACAGACUCCACCCCUGAUUACUUAUACACAGCACAGAUGCCAUACAGGAUUACAGAUUUUAAGGAAACUUGGCCAAAACUUGAAGAAUGGUUUGGGACAAAACAGAAGAUUUUGAUUCGUGUUGAUGCUAAUAUUGAUGAAGAGGAGCUUUUUAAUCAAGUAGAGUCAGUUCUUCAGCAGGUGACAAGACCCCUCCCAGAAGUUGUUGCCUUUACUCCUGAUGAGGCUGUUGUGUCAGAUGAAGAGACAGAUGAAGAGACAAAGGGCUUUUCUAGAGCACAUUCUUUGGACCAAACCUCAAAUCAAGAAUUAACUGUGAACCCGAAAUCUACGGAGUCCAGUAAAAGUCUUGACACAGAAAAGGAAGGAAAUGGAAAUAUUCAGAUGAGCAAGGACAAUUUGGAAGAGUCCUCAAGAUUGGCCUCAUGCACCAACGAAAGCAGCUCAACUUAUUUUGAUAAACCAUUGCCACCUGGAAUCCCGGAGGCUCUCCUUCUCUAUUGGAAGAAUGUGUGUGAAAUGUAUGUGAACAACGUAAAGGCAGUGUUACAGGAGCUGUGCCUAGAAAAAACAUUGAUAAACCAGCAUUUUUUCAACAUCAAAGAGGAGUUUAAACAUUAUUUGGGUCGACCUGACUUAAGACAAGAAGCUGUUUCUCAGUGGCAAAAGGAUUUCAACAGAGUGGCUGAAGAUAUGAGAGAUGAUGAGGAGACCAAAGCAGAGCUGCAUCUCAGGCUUCAUGAACUUUGUGACCAUUUGAGGAACAUUUCUGAAAAACGGAAAGAAGAGAAUGAGCAGGAGAGGGCUGCCAUAACGGGGGAUGGAUGGUUGUCAGAUCACACUGCUCUGGUGGUUAACUACCACUCCAUACUUAUGCAGGUGGAAUUAGACCGGUUUCGGGACACAUUUUGUCUUCUUAAAAGAUAUUAUUUCAUUGGAACAAACAAGCCAGUGCCGGAACUGACAUCAAACCUAACCCCAAUCUCUUUACUGGACACCUCCAGCAUAAACACUUUGGAGACGCAAUCCCAACAUAGUGAACACGACCAGCUCCAAAAGAAACUUGUAGAUGUUUAUGAAGAAGCCAUCACAGUUGUUAACAGUCUGGUAACCCAGCAGAGGGAGGUAGAGACAAAGCUGACUGACAAAGCACCUGAGAAGCCCCCAGGUGCAGACAAAAGCAGCAAAAAAGCUCAGUCUGCUAAGAAAAAGAAAGGCGCUCUGUCUCCACUACCAGCACCAAGUCCUAAACCUCCUGAAGUCAUACCCACAGACAACACAAUGGCAGAAUAUGCUGCAGCUCUGAGUCACGAGGAGGAAUCUGCAAAGGUGCGGUUCGCCCAAGUGAAGGGCCAUGGAUUGAACUUGGUCAAUUUUAUUCAACAGAACGCAGAGGAGGAUUUCUGCUGUAUGGAAACGUGGCUAAACGAGCAUUUUCAAAAUGAAAUGAAAAGCAUUGAGCAGCUCGCAGAAGUGGUGUGUCACCACAUAGAGUCUGGAGCUAAACUCCUAAAUGAGCUGGUUUUGGAUCAUACUAAUUUCUGUCUAAAUGGAGACUACCGCAUGGUGGCUUUGUCGCCUCUUCCUUCUCAUCCACCAUCUUUUGAAAAACCUUCACAGACCACCCUGUCUAUUAUUCAGCUUGAAUCUCUCUGUCAGCAGUUCAGACUUGUGGCUCCUAAUGGACUCCUGUCUUCUUUUGAGUUUUUGACUUUUCUCAAAGAUGUAACGUCUGCACACAAGGGUAAAAACACCCUGCCUGAAACCUGGGUCAUGAUGACAGAAGGACAGCUGAUGGAGAUAGUGAUUUCUCUUAAAGAUAAACAUGACCUUGUGGACUGGCGGAGGUUCAUGCUCGGCUGUGCCCUGCCGUGGCCGUCGCCCUCGGUAACACAACUGUUGGACGCCUUGAGAGAAUUAAAGGCCACAGAUACAGAAACCAAAGGGUAUAUCAGCGAGCAACAGUUUCUACAGACCAAAAUGUGGUUUCCUAAAGAGACUGUCCAGGAGACUCCAGACGACCCCUCUAAGCCACUACCUUAUAACCGCUCCUUUAAUCUGUUCAAGUUCUUCUUCCGGGUGUUUGCUGACCACUCCUCCAGUCCACCACGUCUUGACUACACUUCCAUGCUCCUGUACUUUUCUGCUGAUCCAAACCCCAAACAGGGCUUUGUCAGAGCACUCAGUGUGGUAGUAGGAGAGCAUCUUAAACAGCCAUCAUCAACACAACUUGUCAAGUCCAUGCCCAGUUUAGAUGAAGUUCCAGAGUUCAGUCCCACAGAUCUGGGGACAGAUUACAGCCUCUCUGAAAGGCCUUCAUCAAACACACUAUUGGGAAACCAGAAAGUGUCUAUACAAGCUCUUCUCACAGUCAUGGGCCACAGCACCAUCAUCACAGACAGCCAGACUGAGUACACAAAGCAGUUGGUCAGUGUGUAUAAGGAACUGGGCUAUGGUCUGGAGGAGUCGAUCCAUUUCUCUGCCCUCUCCACACAUUCAUUCAUACAACACCUAAUGGAGACAUCCACACAGCACCAGCUCGUGAACAUUUAUCAGCUGCUAAACAAUGGUGGAGGUGGCUAGAUAUCAAAAUAAAUAAAUCCAUAUAUUUUAAACACAAUAUAAUAUGUCUUCCUGGAUUACACAUUAAAAUAAAUAGUUAAACUUCACUGCGCCUAUCUCCCCGAUUGAAUUAAUUAAUAACGAGUGCUGCCAACGAA